GUGUUGAUGGUGGCAGCGGCGGCGGUGGUGGUGGAAGCAGGUAUAGAGGUGGUGGGGCCUAAAAAUUACCAACUCCUGCAUCCCACCGCCAGUUCCCAGCCACACGCGGACGAGGGAGGAGGCUCACGAGGGCCCUGCGCAGACUCCCUCGCGGCAUAACAACAUCAGAUCAGCGGAGGUCCAGGAUUUGCACCUUACGGAACCUCGCUUCAUUUUCGUACCCAGCGAUGACGGUGGACGUGGACAAGAGCGGAGCGGGGAGGGAUCUCAAGAAGGAGAAGAAUGAGAAGAAGGAAGGGAAGGAGGAUGGGGAGAGAGAGGAACCACAACCACCCUCACCAGCAGCACCGGCAGCAGAAGGGGCAAGAGGCAAAGCUCCCGACGACUUCGAUGCCAUCCUGACGAACUUGGGAACCGGGAAAUUUAACAUACUCUGUUACAUCGCCAUCGCCUACUGGAACACCGUACUCCCAUACCACACGUUGGCGGGGGCGUUCCUGUCACCCAGCGUCCCUUACACCUGCCGCGCCCCCCCUGACGCCCUCACUCCCACCCUCAGCCUCCCCACCAGCGCCGCCAACAGGAACUCCACCGUGUACGCUACAGACGAAGGCACUGCAGAACUUUACGACAACUCCUGCAGCUACCUGAAGGAAAACCACGUGACAGGUAAAGUGGAGGAGGUGGCUUGUACCGAGUGGGACUUCGAUAACUCCACCUUCGCGUCCACCAUUACUUCAGAGUUCAGUCUCGUGUGUAACUACAAGUACCUGAGGGCGGCGCAUCAGAGCAUCUACAUGGGCGGGAUGCUGGUGGGGGCGCUCUUCAACGGCUUCCUCGCUGACAGGUUCGGCCGCUGGACCAUGAUCGCCAUCUCCACCGUCUCCUACACCAUCCUGGCCCUGGGCUCAGCGUGGCUCCCCUCCAUGGCCCUGCUGCUCCCCGCUCGCUUCCUCCUCGGCUCCAUGCACCCCACCUCCCUCAUGACCGGCUACAUACUGGUGAUGGAGAUGACGGAGAUGAGGCGCCGCUCCAUGAUGGGGAUGGUGACGCUCAACUUCUGGUCGGUGGGCACGACGUUCUGGGGUCUGUGGGCGUACCUGGAGAGGGACUGGCGCUUCCUGCAGACCUACGUGUCGCUCUUCUGCCCGCUCUUCCUGCCGGCCCUCCUGUUCCUGAAGGAGUCGCCGCGGUGGCUGGUGGUGACGGGCCGACACCAAAAAGCUCUCUCGGUGCUGCAGCUCGCCGCCAAGUACAACGGGACCAAGCUGCCGCCCACCGAGGACCUGCUGAUCCUGAUGAAGAAGGUGCAGGAGCAGUCGACGUGCAGCAGGGAGGAGGCUGCGGCGCGGGCGAGCACUCCCCUAACCAAGCGGGUGAUGAAGCAGGUGACCAUCUUGUUCAGCACACGCAAGCUAGCCCUCAUCACCGUUACCAUGUGCAUCACCUACCUCGUGGUCGCUAUGGUCUUCUUCGGCCUCACACUCGGGGCCUCGUCGCUCGGGGUCAAUCCCUUCGUCUACAUGAUCAUCUCCGGCCUGGUGGAGACUCCGAGCGUCGUUACCGUCUUUCUCGUCGAGUACUUCGGCCGCAAGAAGACUGGCGUUGGCACCUUCUCCCUCUGUGCCGUUGCGCUUCUUAGUCAACCAUUGAUUCCGAAGAGUCUCAUGUGGCUGUCCAUAACGCUGGUGAGCAUCGGGAAGUUCUUCUCCUCUUGUGCUUUCGGUGUCUUGUUCCUCUACUCCUCCGAGCUGUACCCGACGGAGAUCAGGACGCAGGGGAUGAGCGCGGGCAUGAUGUCCUCUCGCGUGGGGGGCUUCAUCGCGCCCUUCAUCAUAAGUGCCCUGGAGACGAACCAUCCUUGGGGCAUCUCGGUGGUGUUCGGCCUGGCCUCCGCCGUGGCUGCCGUGUCCUUCUGGCCGCUGUGGGAGACCAAGGACGCGCUAUUACCGGACACCGUGGCCCAGCUUGAGGCUCUCGACGUCCACAGCAAGCCUGGCAAGGAAGACGCAGCGAAGCAGGGCAAAACAAAUGGAGGAGAGAAAAUCACGCCCUGCUGACCUGCCCAAACUGGUGACCUGUCUUGACCGUGGUGACCUCCCCCCGUCCCCUCCUCCCCCUCCUUGGUGCUGGUGCCGAUGCAGAAGAGGGGAGAAUAGAUGGUGAGGAGGGAGAGAAUUGAGGAAGGGAGGGAGGUGGGAGAAGAAUGGAGGAAAGGUGGAGGAGUGGAAACGAAGGGAGAAGAAAGGGGUGAAGAGAGGGAAGGGGGAUUAUGGAAGGAAAGGAAAGGAGGAAAUGAGAAGGAGAGAAGAAGAAAGGGAGAGAAGAAGGAAAAAGGGAGAAGAAGGGAGAAGGGUAAAGUAGAUGAUAAGGAAGGGAGAUCAUGGAAGGAAGGGAGGAAGGGAUGAGAGACUAGAUGGGAGAAGAAGGGAGAAAAGGAGGCUUGGAAAAGAAAGGAGAAGAAGAAGGAAAAAAAAGAAAAGGAGAGGAAGGGAGAAGGAUGAGAGGGAUAAGAGAACAGGAGGGGGAUGAAUGGAAAAGAGAAGAUGGAGGAGAAAAGUGAGAAGAGAAGGAAGAAGAAAGGGAAGAAUGAGAGGAAUGAGAGAACAGGAAUGGGAAGAAGAGAAUAGAGAAAAUGAAGGAGAGGAGAAAGAAAAGAAGAGAAGAAGAAACAGUAAGCCAGGUCCAGCAGCGUCGCCAACACACUCAAAGAUUAGGCAAUUAUUUUUAAAGACAUGAUUUUUUUUACAAGACAGUCCGAUUUUUUUUUUACUGAGCGCGCGUUUGUUCCAAUAAUUAUUUUUUACGCGUGUUGUGAUGUGCUUUAUUUUGACCGAUGUUGUACAGUACUAUACUAAGCGUCUCGAUAUUCUCACGUAUUCUUUAUUUUAUUUAUGUAUCUAUCUAGUUGUUUGUCUGUUUAUCUAUCUAUCUAUCUACUUAUCUGUGUCUGUAUGUCUGCCUGUCGGUCUAUAUGUUUACCUCUCAACUCAGAUAAAUACAUUGUUUGUACGUA